AUGGCGUCACUGCUUCGAGGCACUGCGUUCAUCACUGGCGCUGCUUCAGGCAUCGGCAAGCAAACAGCCCUAGCCUUCGCAAAGAACGGCAUCACGCGCCUCGCCCUCGCCGACGUUAACCGCGAGGCUCUCCAGGCAACGUCAAACCUCCUACGGCGUCAGUACCGUGCUGUCGAAGUCCUUGACCUCCCGAUCGACGUCCGCAACGCCUCGGAAGUGACAAUCGGCAUUGCCGAGGCCGUGUCGUGCUUCGGGCGCCUCGACGUGGCCGUGAACAAUGCCGGAAUUGGAGGCAGCGGCCGGUCUACGCAUGAGACUGAUGAAGAUGAAUUUGUCAGAGUGGUCGAUAUCGACCUAUACGGUGUGCUAAGGUGCCAGCGUGAGGAGAUCAAGGUCAUGCUGCGUCAAGAGUACGCACAACGGGUCCCAAAAGUCUCGGUCAAAGUCGCAGCGUUGAUAGAUCUAGGAUUCCGGCGGGGCCGCGGGGCCAUCAUCAACGUCGCGUCCGUUCUCGGCGUCGUGUCGCCGGCGCCGUUCAUGUUCCAAACGGCGUACUCAACCGCGAAGCACGGAGUGAUGGGUCUGACAAAGAGCGACGCCAACACAUACGGCCCUCGCGGCAUUCGAAUCAACGCCGUCUGUCCGGGGUUCAUUUCGACACCAAUUAACCUUGCUCAAGCACAAGAGUCCGGGGGUGCGCUGGAUCGUUAUAUCGAAAAUACGCCGCUCAAACGUCUGGGCACGGUCGAAGAGGUUGCUGAUUGUGAGGCUUCAUAUUCCUUCCAUCAUGUGUUUCUUCUCGGCAGGUUAACUGAGCUGACCCGGACUACAGGCAUCGUUUUUCUUGCAUCUGACAUGAGUAGUUUUAUGCAAGGGACCGGUCUUGUUGCUGAUGGUGGGCUCACGGCGCAUUAA